AUGUUAAGAUUAGUUCGCUUAAAUACGUUCCGGGACGGCGUUAAGCGUGUUAUACAAUUGCGAAAAUACUCAUCAGCGGCCCUUAAUCAGAUGAUGCAACUACAGCAGACGGAACUUUGCGCGGACCCGCCUUUACGUGGUCUAGUGUUAGGUGUAUAUGCCGAUGAGGGCGAUAAAAGCGAUCCAGGAAUUUUGACGCCGACUGCCUGGAAGUAUAAUAUUCAAAAGACCGGCGGACGUCUUAUUGAUGUAUUGAGGAUGUCGGGGCCGAUGCCUAGAACAGGCCAGGCCAGGAUAUUCUUUUGUCCUGAAUCAGAAAAAAUACCAUACUAUACUGCUGUAGCUAUUGUGGGUUUGGGUAGGGAAUGUUUAGGUUAUAAUCCGUAUGAAGUACUUGACGAGCAAAAAGAAGUGAUAAGACGGUCGGUAGCCAAAGCCUGUAUGGAUUUAGCGUUAAUAGAUUCAGUUCGAAUUGAUGUGGAACACUGCGGUCACACUGAGUCCGCCGCCGAAGGGGCUGCCUUAGGAAUUUGGGCCUAUCAGGAGUUGCGAGCUAAAAAAAAUCGCAUUACUGUACCGGUAAUCGAUUUAUAUACUGUUAAGGAUGAGGUAUGUGAUAUAGAAGGUUGGCGUAUUGGUCUUCAGAAAGCGGCUGCACAAAAUCUGACACGUCAGCUGCAAGAAAUGCCUUCAAAUAUUUUAACUCCUACAGCGUUUGCUCAACACGUAGUUGAGGUGUUGUGCAAGUCAGGUGUUAAUGUAGAGGUCAAAGUUGAAGGCUGGGCUGAGAGUCAAGUCAUGAAUGCCUUUCUAUCGGUAGGCAAAGCUUCAUGUGAACCACCAAUUUUUCUGGAACUCAGCUAUUAUGGUACAUCGGCCGAUGAAAGGCCAAUAGUAUUGAUUGGUCAAGGUAUAACAUACGAUUGCGGUAGCCUUUGUCUCAAACCUUUAGAAAAAUUAAAGUGGAUGCGCGGUGACAUGACCGGCGCAGCAGUGGUUGUAGCAACAUGUAGAGCUAUAGCAGGUUUACGUUUACCAGUUAACAUGAGAGGUCUUAUACCAUUAUGCGAAAAUGUCAUCGGUUGCAAUUCGUUCCGAUCUGGCGACACUGUAAAAUGCAUGAACGGCAAACAUAUCAAAAUUCAGGGCACGAAUCAUGAAGACGUUCUAGUACUAGCCGAUACGCUUUUAUACGCUCAAAAUUUUUGCCCGAAGCUUAUUGUUGACGUCGGCACUACGUCAUGGUAUAUGCGUGACCUUUUAGGAGAGGCUGCUUGCGGUGUAUUUACCAACUCUGAAAUUCUUUGGCAGCAGAUAAAUCACGCUAGCAUGCAUACGGGCGACAGAGUUUGGCGUCUACCUUUGUGGAACUAUUACACGGAACAGGUUACAUGUGAUACAUCGGUCGACGUGCAAAAUUAUGGAGCAGGUUCCGGCGGUCGACCCUGUAAGGCUGCGGCCUUUUUACGGGAAUUUGUGCCCUGCGGCCAAUGGAUGCAUAUCGACGCAACGAACGUUAUGUACACGACCGGUAAACGCUUUGAAUACUUACGAGAAGGCAUGGCGGGGCGCCCUACUCGCACGUUAGUUGAAUUCAUUGCACAAACUAUAUGCAAAGACACUGCUCCAAAAUUACCCAAAAAGGGACAAUAGUUUAUUUUAUAUAAUACGUCACGUUUGCUUGCGUCA